UACUACGUCACAAAAGACGCGGACCCGAUAAUAUCGCUACUAUGAAUAAGUUACGGUAUAUUUUUUUAAUGUAAUUAUGGUGUAAAUCGGAUACACAUUAUCAUCAAACUGGUGUUAAAAGUUAUUGAGUAGAAGUGAUAAAAUAGGCAAUUAGCUUGUAAAAUGUAAACAUUUUGGAUACAGACGUAAUAGGAUGGAGGGAAACAAGUUAAAAUUAGCUGAAUUAAACGCACAUCUGAUAUGUGUAUUAUGUGGAGGAUAUCUAAUAGACGCAACAUCAAUUGUAGAAUGUUUACAUUCCUUUUGUCGCACUUGCAUAAUACACUAUCUACAUACAAGUAAUUACUGUCCUGUUUGUGAAGUGCUGGUGCACAAGAAACGGCCACUGGAACACAUCAGACCAGACAACACGCUGCAGGAUAUUGUAUAUAAAACAGUCCCUGGUUUAUUUAAAGAGGAGAUGAAACGUCGGAGAGAGUUCUAUGACAAUAUAAAACAUAGUAACGACAGUGAUACAUCAGUAAACAUUCCAAUAGAAGGCACGAGAAUCGUUUUUAGCUCUGACGAGAUGUUCAGUUUGUGUAUACAGUUCUCUAGUCGGGAAGCAGCCAAAGACACUUUUACAGAAAAGUUUGAAGACUGUAGAUAUUUAUUAUGUCCAGCUGGUGUCUCUAUACAACACCUGAAGAAAUUUAUUAAGUUGAAAUUUUCACUGCCAGAUCGCUAUAAGGUGGACUGUUUCUGUGGUGAGGAGUUGUUAGAUGAUCAUUACACAUUAGUAGAUGUAGCAUAUAUUAUUGGAUGGAGAAGGGAUAGCGUACUUCAGAUAACUUAUGCAUUUUACGGAAAUCCUGCCAAACGACCAAGUGUAUCUGACACUGCACAACUCCUGGUGGUUUCCGAUGAUACUUGUAGUAAUGGUUGUGUGUCAUCGGUGACCAAUAUAGGCUCUGAUGAUGAGUGUUUCGAAGACUCCGGUUGUGAAGUUAAUGAUUCUCAAAUAUCCCAUGACGAAUCAGCUUUAUCAGAUAUUGUAGAUCAGCAAGAAACUUGUUGUGGUAUUGAUUUGUCCAUGAAAACAAUGAAGAAAAAUAGUGAAAGAGAAAAAAAUACAAUUCAGAAUAACAAUAACAAUGCAACAGCUGAUAAGUCUCCAACUUCAAAACAAAGUGAAAUUUCUUCAAAGUCAUACAUGACAUCCUAUGUAUCUUUUCUCGGUCAACGGGUGUCAUCUUCAAAUACCCCAAUGAAGCUUCCUCUCCGAUCUCCUACUGCAGCCUCAACACCCAACGAUGAUAAACCACCCAUUGAUCUGGAUGACAGCGGUCAUGUCAGUGACGACUCAAAACAAAAUCCAAUUUCUCCGUCUCUACAAAAUAACAAUUAUAUGAUACUGCCAAAUAAAUCAACCGUUCAAGACAAACCAUUAACAUUGAAAAUAAGGAAACCCAGUAGUGACCUUGCCGACGGGACUAAAAGUGAUAAUGUAGACCCCGACAUGUCUGGGGACAAACAUGCUAAAUGUAUAGGAGUUUGUAACGGUCAUGAAGUAAAUGCAGUGAAAUCCAAAAGUGAUAAAUUGUUAUUACGAUUGAGCAGAGAUGGCGAUUCAAACAAUUAUACUGCGUCUAUGUCUUGAAUAGUUUAUGUACGAUUGGCAUGAUUGGUGCUAUAACUUUUCUUUUCUUUUUUUCCCUGGAUUUAAAAGAUCGCAUACGAGGUAUAGAACGAACUGAUUUAUGUACUACAGUUUAGGUGCUAAUACUUUAACAGCAUUUAUUCCGAUCUAUGUCAAUAAUGCAGCAAUAUAAAGGUGUAAAAAUUCCUAGAAGUUACAUUUUUGGAUUAUUUUCAACCUGCAUUGCAAAAACAUUUAAAAAAAAUAUACAUGUAUGAGUCCAUAAUCAAUCACAGUUUGAUGAAUUUCAAAUACAAGGAUUUCAUAACAAUGAAUCUAUUAAUUACUAGUUGAUAACCCAAUUUGACACAAAUCAUUUUGGCUUGAAUAACGAAGAAUGCAUGCGUUGCUUAAAAGUGUUUUACUAGAUAAAAUACUCUUCCUGUGUGAAAAUCGUUUUAGCUUCAUAAUUUCUCCCAAUGUAUGAGUCAAAACAUUCAACUGAAUAUAUAACUCUAUCAUUGUAGUGCAUUUACUUUCAUCGCGUCAUCAACGAUACCCGGAUAGCAAUUUAUAACACUCAUUGCAUGUUUUGUCUGAAAACAGUUUAAAGGUCAAAUCGGUUACGAAGUUUAAUAACAUUUAAAACAAACAAAAAUCAAGUAGAUCUGCCCAAUCUAUGCAUGUUUAUGUUAUAAAAACAUCGUAUUGUUUCAAAUUAUAUUUUAAUUGUUUAAACUAUGUAAUUUGCGACCACAACGGAAUAAAAUGGGCUGAUAUUAACCUAGGGGACAAAAACCUAGAACAGAAAACAUUUUUUUCUUUAUUUAUUAUACAAAUUAAAAUCAUGCAUUGAAUAUCAGGGACAAUUUGACCUAAAAUCUUACCUUAACCUCUGCAACUUGCAACAAUUUAUAGUAAUUCAUUUAUACAUACCUGCAUACCAAAUUUUACCAUUUAUACUGAGUACUUUCAUCUGAUGACGAAUGGGAUCUUGACAGAACAAACGGUUAAGAGCUCGGUUUUUUAAACUAUAAUAAGUUAUCUGAAAUGUAGAUAAGCAAAAUAUUCAAUAAAUUCUUAUUUGUUUAAGAAUAAGAAAGAUUAUUCCUGUGUCCGUGUAAAAUGAAGUCAUGCAAUACAUCCUUUUCUAUGUAUAUUUGUAUUCAUUGUUCAUCUUUUCUAUCCUUUUUUAUUUGCUGUACAUAGGCGUUUAAAACAUCCAAUAUUUGUAAAAAAAAUUAUCAUUGUACUGAGUAUGUGUUAAAUUAUUAAUGAAAUUUGAAAUGCUUUUUGAAGUAAUUAUCAGUUAUAUAUUUUCAACUGAAGUUAGUAAAGCAACCAUCCCAAAGCAUUAAAGAAAAAAAAGUCUACAAAAUUCAAGAAUCGAAGAAAUAGAAAUAUCAUUUGUGAUACCAUAAUUCUAUAAUGGUAAUCUACGAUUUGCCUAUUCUAACUGACUUAUAAUCUUAUCUGCCUUUUUUUCUUUUUUAGUGCUUUCUUUUUUUCUUCAAAACUCUAGUAUGUCAUUUAUUUUGUCUUCGAACAACAAAAAAUAGACUGAGUUAAACUUGUUCAGAUGAUUAUUUGUUGUUAUUUGUUAUCAAUAUGUUUUUGUGGUAGAAUAAUUUAAAUAAAUUGUUAAAUAUUA